AUGACGGUUCCCUACGUGCUACUGGUAACCGAGAACGUCAGUAAUGCGAGUAUAAACGAACUGAGGUCUCAAGACAUUGAAGUCCGUCACACUACGUUACUUACGGUACCUCAAGCUAAAAAAGCGGCCAAGUAUCACUACACGAAACUAAGGCUCUGGUCGAUGACCGAGUACGAUGUGAUCAUGUAUCUGGAUCUCGAUGUACUGCCUCUAAGGGAUUUGACACCAUUUUUUUCAUGCGGAUCUUUUUGUGCAACAUUCCGUCAUUCAGACAAAUUUAAUGCUGGUGCUCUAGUGUUGAAACCAAAUCUUACGGUUUAUAACGAUCUGAUCAAAAAAGCACCUCAUCUUCCUACCUAUGACGGUGGUGAUCAAGGAUUUCUGAAUUCCUACUUCCACGAGCUGAAAUACACACCGACUUUCGAUCAUACACAUCCAAAUGAGCAAAAAUAUCAGUCGGACCAGAGGAGGCUUUCAUCGGAAUUCAAUUACGACAUUGGCAUGUAUUAUUUGACUGGCGGCAAACUUCUUGUCAAACCCGCCGUAAUUCAUUAUACAUUGGGACCUACAAAACCAUGGCUAUGGUGGACAUAUCCACUGUUCGAUUUGAAUGAGCACUGGAAUAAUGCACGGUUUGUGCCAAAUCAUUUACGACUAUUAUUGAAUGCAAUGGAAACGGUCUAUUGUGAUCCCGCUCCCGAUUUGCAUCUCAUCUUUUUCACCGUGCUCGUAGGAGUCUUCGCAUUACUUUUCCGAAAGGUCAAUUUUAACUUUUCAAAUUUUUCUCAUUGA